AUGGGCAAGUCAGGCGAGGGAGAGCCCAGCGAUCGGUCCGGAGAACAGGGCGACGCGCCCGGGGAUUCCCAAGGCGAGGAGGCGGUGGAAGAUGUGUCGGCCAGGAGCACCGGCGGCGAGGAGACGCCCCAGGGGUCGGGGGGGCAGGGGAAGAAGGCCAGGAAGCCCAGGAGGACGCGCACGCCGCACGAGCAGCGCCUCAACAGACUGUGCCAGCAACGAUACCGGGAACGCCAGAAGAAGAAGAACAAAGAAUUGAGCAAAUUGACGUCCAUAUACGAGGAGCGGACGAGAGAGUAUGUGCGCCUUGAAAAGGAGAACGAGUUGCUGAGAGCCACGAAUGCCAGACUACAAGCAAUCGCCGUUGGGCAGGGGGAGUCAAUAGAAAGUUUGUCGGGAGUCAGCCUCUCAUCGGCCCUUGAUGUGGAUCUCCUUGCUCCCGAUAUCACAGACGCCUCUGCCGCGGUUCCGACAUUCGAACUUGAAGAAUUGGAAGAGCUCGAAAGGUCGCUCCACGGCCAUUCCAGCCUGGUGACGUCAUUGACGACUGGACCCCUGGGCCCAGGACAACAGUCGCUUAGCGGCGAGCUCCCCUCGGUCGAGUCUUUACAGGCUCCCGCAGCCGGAAUUCUGCCCACUGGGUUCCUAGAGCCCCCAGCCACCACCGCCCUUCGCUUCACUGGGCCAUCCAUUCUCUCCCAAAUGCGCAGCCCCUGGGCACAGCCCCUGGCCGUGACGUCGCCUCCAGCGGCGCUGCUGGGCGGUUCAGAAUAUAACACCGCGGAAAUCGAAGUGGCGCCUGACGGAAUUGUGGGCGCUGGAGCUUCCCAGUGGCUGGCGCCCCAGUCAUCGGUCCCAUUGGGCUUAGAGACGGGCCUGGGGCCGGAGUGGGAUAUUGGUGAGUGGCUGGGUCCUUUCAAGGCGGAGGGACUUGGAAUGAGCGGCGGAUUGCUAGCGGGGGUCUCCGGCGAGAGUUCGGUGCCAGUGAGUCACGGGAUGCCAGGGCCAGUUGUUGGCGAAAGCACUUUGAUGACGGGUGCCGCAAGGGGGCCAGCCGCGGCCAAGGUGGGAUUGCUUGACGAUAUGAGAAAAGAAGUGAUGAGUGUCGCAGGAAGGCAGGUCACCGCCAGGACUGGAUUGCUGGGAGAGAUGAGAAAAGAGGUUCAGGCGCUGCGCGAUGUGCUGAAAGCUAACGGAAUCUGCAUUGGCUCCGCCUCGCAUUCUGAGGAGGUGGCCUACACCUUGGGGCUUCUGCUUUCCAGCGUCAUAGACAUCACGGGGAGGAUCAUGAGCAGGUGCGACACGGAGGGGCUUGGCUACUCCCAGGAAGUCCACGCAAACCUGAAGUCCGACGAGCUGUGCAAAUGGACAAAUUGUCUGGCGGUUGCAAACCUCAAUGAAAUGCAGAAGCAGGCCGUCAAAGAACUUGCGAUGGAGCAAGUGGUGCGGGUAAGCAAUGUCAGGCGAAAGAGCAUCAAGUUCAACGCUCAGGUGAGCACAAACUCAUGGAGGUAA